AUGGACCACACGAAUCAAAGCAUUGAAGAGCAGCUGCGGGAGCUUAGGGCAGAGCCUACUGAAGCGAAGGUCGAGCUUACUGAAGCGAAGGUAAAGCUAGAUGAGCAAUCGAGCGUCGGAGUUGACGAACAGAUAAGGGCCGCUGUGGCUCGGGCUGACGAGGGGAUGAAGUCGGCAUUCGAGGACCUACGAACGGCUGUUUCUCGGUCAGAGGAGAAGCCAAAGGAUAGGAUCGAUAAAUUAGAGGCUGCUGUUGCGGAGGCGCAGAAGGACGAAGAUGUUGGCCCAAGGAACCUCGUCGUGUGUAUCGACGGAACUGCGAACCAAUUCGGGGUGAAGAACUCCAACGUCGUCGAGCUCUAUCACCUCCUUGAGAAAGGCAGGGGACAGAUCACCUCCUACAACAGUGGUAUUGGGACGUAUGCUAAAACGCAGAAGGACGAAGAUAUUGGCCCAAGGAACCUCGUUGUGUGUAUCGAUGGAACUGCGAACCAAUUCGGGGUAAAGAACUCCAACGUCGUCGAGCUCUAUCACCUCCUUGAGAAGGAUAAGCGUCAGAUCACUUUCUACAACAGUGGUAUAGGGACGUAUGCUAAACCUUCCUGGCGGUCUUCAUCCUAUUGGAGACAAGCCAUCGGCCAUACCAUCGACCUCAUGAUAGCGUGGAAGCAUACUUAUGGCUCUCGGAAAACUACCGUGCUGGAGACCAAAUCUUUCUCUUCGCUCACUAACGACAGCAAGACAAAGCGUUUUCGGGACAUUUAUUCUAAAAUAUCUUCAAUGUCUAUUCUUACAUCCGAAGUGUUCAAAAUCUUCAAGGGGAUGCUCAUGGCUCAUACGGACGUGAAGCAAGCCAGUGGAGUGAGAAUCGGGAGUCAUGCAGACGAUGUCAGUGACGACCCGAAGGAGAUGGCUAAACGGUUUAAAAAAUCUUUCUCUCGGGAGGUACGGGUACAUUUUGUGGGAGCAUGGGAUACAGUAUCUUCCGUUGGAAUCGUCCGUGACAAGGUUCUACCUGGGACGACUUCUGGCAUGAAGCACGUAACGUUCUUCCGUCAUGCGUUGGCUCUCGAUGAGAGACGCGUUAAAUUUCUUCCGGAGUAUGCCUACGAGGGUAGCUCAUUGCCGGAUGUGGAGAAGGAGGCAGAGGAAGAAAUCAGAAACCGUUCCAACGCGAUCGUUUCACCACAUACAAAGGAGGUAUGGUUUGCGGGUACGCACUCGGAUAUAGGCGGUGGAAACAUCAAAAACCCGGAGAUGAAUCGCAGCGACCCACCCUUGCGCUGGAUGUCGUACGAAGCAACAGCAGCAGGCUUGCGUUUAGGACCGUUCGGAAGAAAGUGGGAACUCCAACCAAAGAUCUAUGUGCAUGAAUCGCUGACAGGUCCAUGGCACACACUCGAGUGUCUACGUUUGACACAUCUCACAUACAACAGUUCGAGUGACACGAGGCGUUGGUUUCAUUGCGGCGCUGGCCGGUACAUUAGGCCAGGUCAAAAGCUUCACAGCUCACUCGUUUACGGUGCUCAGAAGGAUAAUGGUUCCUAUGAACCGAAGGCCUUACUCGCGAAGUCGAAAGACAGUGAUAUCGGUUUGGCAUCUUGGUCUGAAUUAUCUGGGAUCAAGAUGGAUAGUCUACCAGACUCCGUGGAGCGCGACCUGUACGAUCGCGCCGGCGAGCUCGUACGCAGUAUCUCUUCUGCUUGCGAUUACAGCCAGGAGUGCAACAACAUCAUCGUCGACCUGGUGAAUGAGUUCGGUGCAAUGGCAGCUUCCCGUGAUGGAGGUCGGGCCUUACGCGAGAUUCCCAACCUCCAAUACACUCUUCAGGCUGGCGAACAUUUUCCUCGAGAUGUUCGUCUGAGCAUACUCCGAAUCAGUAAAACACUGUUUCAAGAAAAUGAACGAUCUGACAAUUCUCAGAUAGAAGUGACAUCGUCAAUCGCCAGUUCUCCCAGCAGCGGACAUAUCGCUAUGGUCAGAGAGUUCGGCAACACCAUCAAUAUCCGCAGCUUAACAGAUCAAGACAUGCCCGCCACAUUGACAAAAACACUCAACGGACACAAGUCUGCUGUACUUUCUCUUUCUUUCUCCUUCGAUGGAGCUUUUCUGGCGUCUGGUGGUCUUGACCACUACGCUCGAGUAUGGAGUAUCGGAACCUCUGAAAGCUUGCGUAUCAUAGAGCAUAGCGACGUUGUUGGAUCCGUCGUACUGUCCGCAGAUGGCACGCUCGUGGCCUCCGGAUGUGCGGACGGCAAGAUUGUUAUCUCGGACGUAGCCUCGGGCGCACCUGUCGUGGCCACACCCUUGGCUCACACAAGCACCAUCACGUCACUGGUUUUUUCAUCCAACAAUUCACUCCUUUCUUCUGGAUCAUCCGACGGUACAAUCCAUGUCUGUUCCCUAUCCGGAGACGACACUCCAGGUCCUUCUGUAGCACCAUUGGAGGGCCACACUGCAGGCGUCAUCUCCCUCGCCUUUUCCCCGAAUGGCCAUCAACUCAUCUCCGGUUCCUACGACUGCACGGUACGCGUCUGGGACCUCGAGAGUAGCGAUACCCACGUUCGAGUCCUAUACGGUCACACCGACUGGAUCACAUCGCUUGCUUUCUCUCCGGACGGAGAGCACAUCGUCUCUGGAUCGAUUGAUUCAACCUGCCGUUUGUGGGAAUCUCAAGUAGGUCGGGCGAUUAAUCCUCUGAUCAUGCCUUUCAAAGAGUGGGCCUCCUCUGUCAACUUCUCAUCGGAUGGGACAAGCAUCGUCGCUUGCUCCAUCGACGGCGUCAUGAAAUCUACCAGCAUUGAUGUCUCCGAAACCCAUCGAGCAUGCCUCUACGGUCACAACUCCUUCGUCCUGGGUGUUGCAUUCUCUUCCGAUAGCAAACGUCUCGUGUCAUGCUCUGCCGAUCGCACGAUCCGCAUCUGGGACAUUCAAACCGGCACAGAAUCUCUUCGCCCACUCGAAGGCCAUACACGCUCCGUUUCAUCCGUUCAAUUCUCCCCAGAUGGUUCCCUCAUUGCCUCCGGUUCUUUCGACAGAACGGUUCGGAUUUGGGAUGCGGUGACUAGGAAGCAGAAAGGCGAACCCCUGCGAGGUCAUACCGACGAUAUCAAUUCCGUUGGAUUCUCACCCGAUGGGAAGCACCUCGUUUCCGGUUCUGACGAUCACACUGUCUGUGUAUGGAACCUCGAAACGAGGUCCGAGGCUUUCAAGCCACUCGAAGGGCAUACAAGUUAUGUUUGGUCCGUGCAGUAUUCGCCAGAUGGACGAUAUAUCGUCUCUGGCUCCGGUGAUAGGACAGUACGUCUUUGGGAUGCAAACACGGGGAAGGCAGUAGGGGAGCCAUUCCGUGGUCAUAACCGUACUGUCACUUCUGUCGCAUUCUCACCCGAUGGCACACGCAUCGUCUCCGGCUCCUUGGACAAAACCAUCCGCAUCUGGGAUACGAAGACGGUGAAGGCAGUGGGAGAGCCCUUGCGAGGUCAUACCAACUGGGUCUGGUCAGUCGCAUACUCUCCGGAUGGGAAGCGGAUCGUUUCUGGCUCUCGGGAUGAGACCGUCCGUGUCUGGGAUGCGGAGACGGGGAAGGAGGUUUUCGAGCUUCUGAGAGGCCAUACUGAGAAAAUGUGGUCUGUCGCAUGGUCACUGGAUGGAAAGCUCAUCGCAUCGGCCUCGUACGACAAGACAAUUCGGCUUUGGGACGCGAAUACGGGAGAGUCGAUCAAGUUUUAG